AUGUCUCAAGAAUCAAUGAAUGGACUGCUUUAGUUCAUUAAGGACAUUAGGCAGUGUAAAAAUAAAGAAUAAGAGUAUAGCAGAGUUGCAAAAGAAUUAGCAAAGAUUAGAAAUAAGUUUGAAAAUAAAGGUAUAUCAGGCUAUUAGCGCAAGAAGUAUGUUUGGAAAAUGCUUUACAUAUACAUUCUAGGUUAUGAAAUUGAUUUCGGUCAUUUCCAAGCAGCAAAUUUGAUCAAUUCCUCGAAAUUUUCUGAAAAGUACACUGGCUAUAUAGCGACUGGCAUUUUGGUAAACGAAAAUAACUCAGAAAUUUACAAAACAAUAGCAUAAUCAAUUAAGUAAGACAUUUAGAGUAUGAAUGAAAUUAAUCAAUCCUUAGCUAUUUCUAUGAUAGGCUCUCUUGCUCCUAAGGAACUUACUGAGUAGCUUGAUUAAGAAAUUAUUAGAAUAGUACUUGGAGAGAGAAAUUGCUAGCCUUAAGUUCGUAAAAAAGCAAUCCUCUGUUUAUUAAGAAUGUAUAGAAAGUAUAAUGAAAGAUAUGAUCCAACUAAAUGGGUUUCACAAACAAUCAAGAUGUUUGAAGGAAGGUAUUUCAGCUUAGGUUUUUUGAGCGCCUCAGCUUCAUUCCUUCUAGGUGUUGCAUAGCUCUCCUCUCCUGAAUUGUUUUCAGAUGUAGUCCCAAAAAUUGUAAAGAUUCUCUCUAAAUUAGUUUUAAACAAAGAGUGCUCUAACGAUUACUUAUAUUAUCAAACACCUAAUCCUUGGUUGUAAGUUAAACUCUUGAAGAUUUUGCAACUCUACCCUAUUCCAACAGAUGAAAAUGUAAAGAAAGUCUUAUUAGAAGUAUUAAGAACUUUAAUUAACAUUGAUGUCACCAAGAGUGUGAAUCGUAAUAAUGUAAACCACGGUAUUCUCUUUGAAGCCACUUCACUCUUAAUUCAUUAUGGAGACGGUAUUCCUAAAAAGCGUAUGGAUGAAGUCAUUAAAAGAUUGGGUGUCUUCAUUUCAUUCAGAGAACCUAACUUUAAAUAUUUAGGUUUAGAAACUAUGUGCAAGCUUGUUCACAAUAAUGAAGAUUUGAUUGAGAAGCAUUUAAGUACAAUUUUAAAGUCUUUAAAAUCAAAUGAUAUUUCAAUUAAGAGAAGAGCAUUAGAAUUGCUUUAUUUAAUGUGCAAUCAAAACACCUCCAAAAGAAUAGUAGAAGAAUUGUUGGGAUAUGCUGAAGAAAAAGCUGAUUUAGUUAUUAAGGAAGAAUUAGUCUUGAAAAUAGCUAUUUUAGCUGAAAAAUUCGCUGAUAAUUUAACUUGGUACAUCGAUUGCGUUAUAAAAUUGAUUUCAUCUUCAGGUGAUUUUGUCACUGAUGACAUCUGGUUCCGUAUUAUUUAAAUGAUAGUCGGUUUUGGUAAAGAAUCCAAUCCAGAAUUGCAACGUUAUGCUGCUCUUAAGUUAUUCACUUCCAUCAACAUCCCUCAUGCUCAUGAAAAUCUAGUUUGCAUUGCUGCUUUCGUCAUAUCUGAAUACUCUCCUCUUCUCGUAGAUUCUGGCAAAGACCCUCAAAAGAUAUUUGAUGUUCUUAAUCGUCAUUACAGUUUAUGUUCAGAAAAAGGAAGAUAGAUGCUUUUGAACGCAUAUGCAAAAUUAGCAGCAAGAUAUAGCGAUUUAAGAGGUAUUGUUUAAUCAAUAUUUGAAGUUUCAAGUGAACACUUCGAUCCUGAUUUACAAUAAAGAGGUGUUGAAUAUAAUGCUCUUUUAAAUGAGCCUUAAUAGGUUUAGCAAAUUAUCUUUAGUAAAUAGCCACCUUUCUCUUUGGAUAUUUAGGGCGACAAUCCUUUGAUUAAGAGAAUUUAUAAGCUCAAGAUGGGUUCUAAAUAAGAAAUGAAAGAUCCCACAGUCGCAUUAGAAAAUCAGAGAAGAGCUUAAGAAAGUGUAGAAUUCUUGACAAAAUCUGCAGUUGGGGUACAAGCACUUAGCAAUACCCCAUAAGCUAAGAUCCCAUUAAGCAAUCAUAUUGAAAACUUAAAAAACAAUGUUCUAUACGAAAUUAACUAGAAUUCUGUUGUUGUAUCAGGAAGUAAUAUUAUUUCCCCUCCUCCAAAUAUGAACUCUCUCAGCAACAUUAAUUAAAUCAAAAAUUUACUUUCUUCCUCAAUAGGCUAAGUAUAUGAAUCUAAUGAGCUUACUGUUUAAUUCAAGAGUGAUUAUUAACAACAUAUGGGUAAAAUUGCUAUGUAAUUCGAAUCUAAGAUUGGAAGAAUGGAAAAUGUUAGUUUUGUUAUUGCAAACUCAGAUUAGAAUGGACUAGAUUUUAACAUCUCUCCUAUUAAGUAUGAUGAACAUCCUUAAAUUAUGAUGCAAGUUAUGUCUACUGAUCCUCGCUAAUAAAUGCCUAUUGGUUUAUUAGCUUAUGAUGUUAAUGGAUAAAAUAAAAGAAUAGAAAUCCCUCUUCCUAUUUUUACUAAUAAGUUUAUUUAAAGAGUUGAUAUGCCUUAAGAUGCAUUUGAUAAAUUCUGGAUUGAAUAUUCUUCUGGCAGUAACAGUACUUCACACAAAUUAGAUGCUUAUAUUCCUAAUCCUGCAUAAAUUAAUGUCUCAAUCAAUGAUAUUCUUAAAAGAGCAGGUGGGCUUUUAAAUAAUGUCUUGGGUCUUAAAGUUAUGGCUAUCCCUGACAUGAACAAUAUUAACGUAUUAUACGGUGUAGGAUAGUUUACUUACAAAGAUGUUGAAAAGAAUGCAGUUAAAAACUUACCAGUUAUGAUUUAAAUGGAAGGAUCUGAGGUUUAUAAAGAGCACCUCAGAUUAUCUCUCCGUGGAGCUGGUCAUGGUUUCCCUAUUGCUAAUCUCUAUCAAAUUAUUGUAAGUUUUAUGGGUGUCGAUUGA